GCCCUGUGGGAAGUCCAAGAAAUCGCUCAUCAUCCCCCUCUCAGCCCACGUCGGGCACCCGCAAGGAUGCACCGCGCGCUGCAAAUCCCCGAAAUCCUGCAGCUCAUUUUCUCCCAUCUCGCACACGACGACCUCGCCAUCCUCCUCCGAACCUCGGGCUUCUUCUUUUUCCCUUCGGCGAGUCAGCUAUGGGCGAGCGUGGACACAGAAGCGCUCAUGUGCCUCGUGAACCUCUUUUUGGACACAGAGGAGGUUAAGAAUCCCACUGCUACCUCAAAACGUCACUAUUCCAUCGCCUCGCGCAUGCGACGAUUCCAGAUGUAUGCGCCGCUGAUUCAGACGCUCGACUUGGACCUCACGAGCGGGGUGGAUGAGGAGGGCGAGUCCGAGGAGUUGAACGACGACUACGCCCACCUUUCACUAACCGCAAUCGCCACGCUCACCCGGACAUCUGCCCUCCUCCCGGGACUGAGGAGUCUGCAUUAUACGACGCUCGAAGCCGAGCACCUGAACAACGUCCUCCUCUUCCUUGCGCCGAGCUUGGAGGAACUGUACGUCAAGACAUUCCACUGCGAUGACCAGUACUGGGGGAACGCCGAGGCAGACUGGGCGCUUCCCGUCGGAUGCCUACUCGAGGCACUUCCACGGCUCUGCCCGCGUCUGCGCAAGCUCUCCCUCGCAGCGCACAUGCCUCGAACAAGCAUCCACCUGAGCACAGUCAUCAGCCUGGUGACGAAGCUCGCAUUCCUCGAGUGCUUCGAGUGCGACUUUAUCGGUCUACACCCGACACUGCUCGGUGCGCUCGCCCGCCGACCCGCGCUCCAGGAACUCAGAGUAGGAUACUACAACGUCGAUAUCCUCGGCGAGCAAGUUGCCUACCAGCUCGUGUGCCACCCGCCCUUCCCCGCUCUCCGUUCCCUCCACCUCUCCGCGAACCAACACAUAGCACCCAUGUUCCUCAAGCUCAUCCCGCCCCAACUGCACUCCCUCACGCUGGACAUAGGUGCCGAACCCUUCACCCCUGAAGCACUGGCAUACAUAGCAAGCAUGGUCGCUGCUGGCCAGCCGCACCUGCGCGCUCUCUCCCUCACAUGCAGGGACUUCGACUACGGCGCAGACACAAGUGUGGACUUUGACGUUUUUGCCCCUCUGUUGCAGAUCAAGUCCAUAACACAACUCGAGCUGUCCUACCUCGCAGCGACUCGCCUCGCUCUCGCAGAUACGCACGUAGCAGCGAUCGGGAACGCCUGGCCCGCACUCGAAGUCCUCAACUUGCAGUGGAACGAUCGGCUCGCCACAGGCUCAGGAGGGCUAGCAGACGAGAGUGCGCUGACCCUCUCCGCCCUCGCUGUGCUCACAACCCGCUGCCGGCGGCUAGAGCGAGUCGAGCUACGCGCAUUAAAUAUCUACCAUAUCCCUCCUCCGCCCCCUAUCGCCCCCGUCCAAGCGCAUGUCGAGCUCCGCCUCACACAUGGAAGAGUACACGUCCAGCCCGAACUGCUCGCCGCCUUCCUCUACACCCUCUGGCCCCGGAUCCAGAUGACAGGCCCGUUCAUCUCCCUCCCGCACGCGCCAGCCCAGGUCACGGCGGACGCUGUGCCCCUCCCGCCGGGGACGACGGAUACGGACCGGGAUCGGGAGAAGUGGAUCACGAUCCGGGGGAUGAUUGCGAGUAUGCGGUGUCAGCAGAUUAUGGAGGCUAGGAAGGGCGCCACGCCUGAGAGGGUGAGGGAGAGCUUUGAGCCCAAGUACAGGGAUCAUCUGCUUAGUCCGGCGACGAUCUAG